UUGUCUGCCACUCUUUCUUCGUUCCUCUCUCACAAUCCAAAUGCUGCACACUCAUUUUCAUCUUCAUGUCCACUUGCUUUCACCACACUCCUAUGCAUCAGCAUUUCCCUUCCAAGAUUCCCUGCUUCACUCUCCAAGAUUCCCUGCUACUGCCAUCAGAAGACGUUCUUCCGCUCUCAGACUCCGAAAUCGUGGCCGCAGUAUUAGUAGCUCGGCGACAAAUGGCGGAGAGAGUGUAAAGGAGCAGCAGAAGCCGUCGCAGCAGGCGGUCAAUAGGGCUUACCCUUACCAUGAAAUUGAACCCAAGUGGCAGCGUUUUUGGGACCAGAAUCGCACUUUUCGAACCCCUGAUGACGAUAUCGACACAUCAAAACCUAAAUAUUAUGUUCUCGACAUGUUCCCUUACCCUAGUGGAGCUGGGCUACAUGUUGGUCAUCCACUCGGGUAUACUGCCACAGACAUUCUUGCUAGAUAUAAACGCAUGCAGGGAUAUAAUGUCUUGCAUCCAAUGGGGUGGGAUGCUUUUGGAUUGCCAGCAGAACAAUAUGCUAUUGAGACAGGAACUCACCCAAAGCUAACUACGGUGAAGAAUAUCAAUCGCUUUCGCGCUCAGUUAAAAUCAUUAGGAUUCUCAUAUGACUGGGAUCGUGAAAUAUCUACCAUAGAACCUGAAUAUUACAAAUGGACUCAAUGGAUCUUUCUACAGCUUUUAAAGAGAGGAUUAGCAUAUCAGGCUGAAGUUCCAGUUAAUUGGUGCCCUGCGCUUGGCACUGUGUUGGCCAAUGAGGAGGUGAUUGAUGGUGUCAGUGAACGGGGAGGUCAUCCUGUAGUAAGAAAGCCAAUGAGGCAAUGGAUUCUCAAGAUUACUGCAUAUGCUGACCGUCUUCUCGAGGAUUUAGAUGACCUAGACUGGCCUGAAAGUGUAAAAGAAAUGCAGAGAAAUUGGAUAGGGAGGUCAGAAGGGGCUGAGUUGGAAUUUGGCAUUCUUGAUAGUGAUGGAAAGGAGCGAGACAUAAAGAUUAUUGUGUAUACUACAAGGCCUGAUACAAUCUUUGGAGCAACCUACCUAGUUGUGGCACCAGAGCAUUCCUUGUUGUCAUCAUUUGUUUCCGCUGCCCAGAGCAAACAUGUGGAGGAUUAUAUAGACCUUGCCUCAAGGAAGAGUGACCUUGAGAGGACUGAGCUUCAAAAGGAAAAGACUGGGGUAUUUACUGGUUGUUAUGCCAAAAAUCCAGCGAAUGGGCAAGCCAUUCCAAUAUGGGUGGCAGAUUAUGUUUUGGGGAGUUAUGGAACAGGAGCAAUCAUGGCUGUUCCUGCACACGAUUCUCGUGAUUAUGAAUUUGCUUUGAAAUAUGAUGUUCCAGUUCGCUGGGUUGUGAUGCCGAAUGAUAAAAGUAUCAACGAGUCUGGAAAGGCUUUUUCAGGUGAAGGCAUUACUAUAAAUUCAUCAAAUACAUUGGUGGGGCUUGACAUUAAUGGCUUGUCUAGCAAAGAAGCUGCUUUAAAAGUCAUUGACUGGGCUGAGAAAAGUGGAAAUGGAAAGAUGAAGAUUAACUACAAAUUAAGGGACUGGCUUUUUGCUCGGCAACGUUACUGGGGUGAACCUAUCCCUGUCAUCUUCUUGGAUGACAGUGGUGAGACUGUCCCACUGCAUGAGACUGAACUGCCCCUUAUACUACCUGAAUUGGAUGAUUUUUCCCCCACUGGAACAGGGGAGCCUCCACUGUCUAAGGCAGUGUCUUGGAUGAAGACCACAGAUAGUUUAUCUGGAAGACCAGCUACACGGGAAACAAAUACCAUGCCACAGUGGGCUGGUUCAUGCUGGUACUAUUUGAGAUUUAUGGACCCAAAUAAUUCCAAAGAAUUGGUUGAUAAGACAAAAGAAAGGUAUUGGGGCCCUGUUGAUGUGUAUGUCGGGGGUGCUGAGCAUGCAGUUCUCCAUUUACUGUAUGCUAGAUUCUGGCACAAGGUCCUCUUCGACAUUGGUGUUGUAUCCACCAAGGAGCCCUUCCAAUGUGUCAUAAACCAGGGGAUUAUCCUUGGGGAGGUUCAAUACAUGGCUUGUAGGGAUCAAGAUGGAAAUCUGAUUUCUGCUGAUUCAACUGAUAUGUUGAAUGAACAUAAUCUAGACAGAAUUCCUGAGGAAAAGGUGAUGAAGUCCGGGGAUUCUUUUUACCUGAAAGAAAACCCUGACAUACGUUUAGUUGCCCGUGCUCACAAAAUGAGUAAAAGUAGGGGAAAUGUUGUUAAUCCUGAUGAUGUUGUUUCUGAGUACGGUGCAGAUUCUCUUCGUUUAUAUGAAAUGUUCAUGGGACCGUUGAGAGACUCAAAAACAUGGAGUACUAGUGGCAUUGAAGGUGUACAUCGGUUUUUAGGAAGAUCUUGGAGGCUGAUUGUUGGUUUACCUUUGUCUGAUGGCACAUUUAAGGAUAGAACUGUAUCAGUUGAUGAGGAGGCUACUAUUGAACAACUUCGUUGUCUUCAUAGAUGCAUUGCCAAGGUAACAGAGGAAAUUGAGGGCACACGGUUCAACACUGGAAUUUCUGCAAUGAUGGAGUUCCUUAAUGCAGCAUAUAAGUGGGAUAAACAUCCAAGAUCAGUUAUUGAGGCAUUUGUUUUGCUGCUUUCACCAUAUGCACCACACAUGGCUGAGGAGCUAUGGUCUCGGCUUGGGCACACAAAAUCAUUGGCCUACGAGCCUUUCCCUAAGGCAAAUCCUGCUUACUUAAAGGAUUCCAAGAUAGUCCUCCCAGUUCAGAUUAAUGGCAAGACAAGAGGUACUAUCCAGGUUGAAGAAACAUGUACAGAGGACGAUGCUUUCGCGUUAGCAUCUAGGGAUGAAAAGCUAUCCAAGUAUUUGCAAGGUCAAUCUGUCAGAAAGAGAAUUUACGUUCCGGGCAAGAUCUUGAAUGUUGUUUUGGACCAUAAAAACAUCAAGGUUGGUGUACAGUAGCUACUUUCAUACUGUGUACAUUUCUACAGGAAGCAACAGUCAACCUUCAAUUUUCUUAGCGCAUAACUUAGUAACGGCCCUGCAUCCACUCCCAAGAAGGUAGCUUUGGCUGGAGUUGUCAAGUUUGUUUUGGAUAGAAAGUGACAGCAAAGCCAAGUAUUCACCCCAUAUGACUGUUAAUAAUUUAUGUUCAAUUUUAAGAAGUGCAUAACUUAGGUAGUGUUUGAUACGGAGAGAGAAUCACUCCCUUUUGUGAAACGUUCUACUAUUUAAUCUGUCUGUCUUAUUCUACGUUAUAUUUAUAUGCUAUGUUUUAUCUCGUUGUAACACGUCUGCCAA